AUGAAGCAUUGGUUUUUCAUUCCCGUGUGUCUCCUGCUGUUUCCUCACCAGGCGCACACCUGGAGGGACGAAAAGCCGAGCUGCAAGCCACUGACGGCAAGCUUUUGUCAAGGUUUGGGCUACACCACCACCCUCCAUCCGACUGGAGUCCAAGGCUUCACCCUGCAGCAGAUCGGUCAGUUUGUGGAAACAGCUUGUUCUCCACACAUCGCCACACUCAUGUGUCGCGUCGGUGUGCCCGAAUGCAACUCGGAGGAUGACAGCCGAAAGAAACCCUGUCGAUCUCUCUGUGAGAAGGUCAAAAAAGACUGUGACUCCCCACUAAGAGCAAAGCGUCUGUUUUGGCCAACAAAAGUCCGCUGUGACACUCUACCGACAUCUAACUGUAUAGAGGGUCAAGACACUCCUGUCACUCAAAGUACCCCAACAGUAUGCCAGCCAAUCAGAAUGCCGCUCUGCCAAGACAUGUCUUACUCCGAGACCAUCUUCCCCAAUAUGCUGGGUCACAAAAGCCAUGAAGACGCCUACCUGGAGUUGAAUCAUUUUUCCCCGCUUAUUCAAGUGGAAUGCUCCCCCCAGCUGAAGCCUUUCUUGUGCUCCAUGUACGUUCCCAAAUGCGUGUCAGGCAGACGCCAGCCACCCUGCAGGACCCUCUGUGAGCAGGCCCGAGCGGGAUGUGAGCCGCUGAUGACCAAGUUUGGCUUUCCGUGGCCUGAGUCUUUAAACUGUGACACACUGACAACAGACUCCUGCGAAGAAGCUUCGGUCAUCGGUGUUCAUGAAAGAUCUUCAACAUGCCAGACCAUCACAGUACCUUUCUGCAAAGACAUGCCUUACAAAGCAACUGUGCUGCCCAACCCACUUGGCCACAAAACACAGGAAGAUGCCUACCUGGCCAUGAAUAUGUUCAUGCCCCUGGUACAAUUUGGGUGUUCAGCUCAUUUGAAACCUUUCCUGUGCUCUGUCUACUUUCCUAAAUGUGAGUCAGGGAGAGCUCAAACUCCCUGCAGAGGGCUCUGUGAACAGGCGCGAGCUAGCUGUGAGCCAGUGAUGAAAAGAUUUGGCUUACCAUGGCACGAAGCCCACAAUUGCGAAACGUUUAGCGCAGAAUCCUGUGAACAGUAUGGUGUGAGCACCAGUGGGGGGAUCUGUGAGCCGAUCACCAUACCCAUGUGCCAGGGCUUGUCUUACAACCAGACCAUCGUUCCAAAUCUUCUGGGCCACACGAGUCAAAGAGAGGCCGUCUCCCAAAUGUCCUUCUUCAACUCCAUGGUGCAGACGAUGUGUUCACCGGACGUGCGUCUCUUCCUGUGUAGGGUGUACGCCCCACAGUGUGUUGAAGGGAAGGUGCAGAUGCCGUGCAGAUCGUUUUGCGAGAAGGCCAGACGAGAUUGUGACGGUCUGAUGACCAGUAUCGGGGUCUCCUGGCCUGAAACUCUGCAGUGUAACGCUUUCCCAGAGGAGAUGUGUGUGUCUAUGCUAAGAGCUGAACAUCUUCUUGCUAAACUGAAUGAUGGCGGUUAUACUGUUCGGGGCAAACCCCUAACUCUCAAGACUGCCCACCUGCUCCUGACCUACAUGGAUGCAGACAAGACAGGAGACCUGGAUGCGGUGGAGCUGUUUAAACUGGAACAUUACGUGGCGGUUACCAGGAGAGAGUAUGUGGAGAGCUACGAGAGCAGGAACCCCCCCGCUGUAACUCAGAACCAGAUGAAGAAGAGGCUUGCUGCCCAUGAUAUUGAUUUAGAUGAGGAAACAUUCAGAGUUUUGUGGUUUGAUUACAACUCCCACGGUGGGAUUGACUACAACAACUAUGUGGCAGCCCUGACAAAACUACACAUCCUCAAAGAUCGUUUCCAGGCCCAUCAGAUUAAUUUGCCUUGUGACUGCCAAGUUGCCAGAUUCUCUUUUAAACAG